CAACAGAGUGUCCUGUUAAGAGGAGGCAUGUUUUCACCUUGAGUAGAAACUCUUGGUUGAUGCUUUUGAGUGUUGCCUUGUUUUGCAGUUCUCUCGGGAGUUUUAUCUGGAGCUCGCGCUGAGAGGUCAUCGCAGCUUUAACACUACUGAAGCAAAAUAUGGAAUGGGUUUCACUGGUGACUGAAUCCAGCCAAACAAACAGUAUUGACAGUAGCUUGAAAAUCACCAGUUAGCAGUUUCUUCACGCUCCAACACUGCACAGCACUUUCCAGAGAGAACUCAUUGUGUGCAAGAAAUCUGCUUUACAAAUCUGUCCUGGUACCCUACAGCUUUGUCUGGUUAAACCCUUACAGAAGGCGAAAGAGAACCCGGAGAAACAUGGAGGAAUACCUGUGGAUGGUUAUUGUCGGUUUUAUAAUUGCUUUUAUUUUGGCAUUCUCGGUUGGGGCAAAUGAUGUUGCCAAUUCUUUUGGUACUGCCGUGGGCUCUGGUGUGGUUACUUUGCGCCAGGCCUGCAUUCUUGCUUCAAUUUUUGAAACGACUGGCUCAGUGUUACUAGGAGCAAAAGUAGGCGAAACGAUCCGUAAAGGUAUCAUUGAUGUGAACCUGUACAACAGCACUGUGGAGCUACUGAUGGCAGGAGAAGUCAGCGCGAUGGUUGGCUCUGCUGUUUGGCAGCUGAUAGCAUCGUUCUUGAAGCUCCCGAUCUCUGGAACUCACUGCAUUGUCGGUGCCACUAUUGGAUUCUCAUUAGUUGCAAUCGGCACAAAAGGAGUUCAAUGGAUGGAGCUUGUCAAGAUUGUUGCUUCUUGGUUUAUCUCCCCAUUGUUAUCCGGUAUGAUGUCUGGUGUGCUGUUUCUGCUGAUUAGAUUCUUCAUCUUAAAUAAGGAAGACCCUGUGCCCAAUGGUCUUCGAGCCCUUCCAGUCUUCUACGCUGCUACAUUAACGAUUAAUGUAUUCUCUAUAAUGUAUACAGGUGCCCCUGUCCUAGGAAUCGUUCUUCCUAUGUGGGCAAUAGCGCUAAUAUCAAUUGGUGUAUCAGUAAUAUUCGCUAUCUUAGUCUGGAUAUUUGUGUGUCCGUGGAUGAAAAGAAAAAUAGCAAGUCGGUUAAAGAAAGAAGGGGCAUUAUCAAAGAUAUCUGACGAAAGCCUUGACAAAAUACAAGAUGAGGAUACACCUGUCUUUAAAGAACUUCCUGGUGCCAAAGCAAAUGAUGAAAGUACUAUUCCUCUUACUGCCUCUGGAACAGAAGAGGCUGGUGUAUCAGAUAAUAUCGCAAAUGGAAGCCAUCCACGUGUGCCAUAUGGAAGAGCAUUUUCAAUGACACAGAGUACGGUGAAAUCUCCAAUUUCCAAUGGCACCUUUAAUUUUGACGGCCACAUGAAGAGCGAUAUUCAUGUGUAUCACACUGUGCACAAAGACUCGGGAUUGUACAAAGACUUACUGCACAAAAUACACCUGGACAGAGGCAGCGACAACCGGCCUACGCAAGAAAACAACUACAAACUUCUGCGGCGCAACAAUAGUUACACUUGCUACACAGCUGCCAUCUGUGGCAUGCCAGUGCAUUCGUCCUUCAAGGCGGCUGAUACGUCAACCCCAGAAGAUAGCGAAAAGCUAGUUACAGACACGGUUUCCUAUUCCAAAAAGAGGGUUCGAUACGACAGCUACUCCAGCUACUGCAACGCCGUGGCAGAAGCAGAAAUUGAAGCGGACGAAGGUGGCGUGGAGAUGAAGCUGGCAUCUGAAUUAGUAGAUCCUAGCCACCCCCCUGUAGACCCCGUGGAGGAUGAGAGAGAUGAGAGGGACUCCUCACAGGUCCACCUGCUUUUUCACUUUCUCCAGAUCCUCACAGCUUGCUUUGGAUCAUUUGCUCACGGAGGCAAUGAUGUCAGCAAUGCUAUUGGCCCCUUGGUUGCCCUCUGGCUUAUUUAUGACAAGGGUGGCGUACUGCAAGAAGCUCCUACCCCCGUAUGGCUGCUCCUUUACGGGGGCGUUGGCAUCUGUGUGGGCCUCUGGGUCUGGGGAAGAAGAGUGAUCCAAACAAUGGGGAAAGACCUCACGCCCAUCACGCCGUCAAGUGGAUUCACUAUUGAGUUGGCUUCGGCGUUCACAGUUGUGGUAGCUUCCAAUAUUGGACUUCCUGUCAGUACUACACACUGCAAGGUUGGUUCUGUGGUGUCAGUUGGCUGGAUACGCUCCAAGAAGGCUGUUGACUGGCACCUCUUCCGCAAUAUCUUUGUCGCCUGGUUUGUGACUGUCCCCGUGGCUGGCUUGUUCAGCGCUGCCAUCAUGGCUCUCUUCAUGUACGCCAUCCUGCCGUACGUCUGACAUCGCUGCUCCUUCCAUGGAAGAAGAAGGGGGUGCCUCUGAGAUGAAAGAAGCAAAGGUCUCCCCUCCAGAGCGCAGAGCUCCCUAUUUAAACCAUGCAGUAAGAGCUAAUCAGCAAGGAUUUGUCGUCAGAAUCUAACAUCUGCUGUACAUAACAUCUGUGUCAUUGGUGACAUAACAUGUGGUGCCGUUUUCUUAUGUAUUAAAGAAAUAUAUAUAUAUGCUUACAGUAGGUAACACUACCUUAAGUUAUAAGUGAGGUGAAAAUAAUUGCCUAGAACUUAAUCCCUAGUAAAACUUGUACAUAAUGUAUCAUUCAGUAGCCAUUUUUUAAUCUUUUAAAAGAACCUGGGAUGUGUUUGUCAGUUUGAUAAAUGAUGAAGCAAAAAGAUGAGAUUCUUUUUGUAAAAAAAAAAAAGUGCUGUUCAAUGAUACUGGAAGCAAAGUGCAGAGGUACAUUGGCAAAAACUCGGUUCAUAUCAUAUUGUUGUGUAUAAUACUGUAUGAACAUUGAAUUUGUAAAUACUUACAAAAAUGUAACUUUUUAAUGGUGCAUUUCCCUCAUAUAUUUUGGAUAAGAAAGUUUAGAAAGUACCAAAGAAGGGGGAAUAGCUUGUCAGUAUUAUAUUUGUCUAUCUGUGUGCCUCUCUCUCUCUCUCUCUCUCUCUUCUCUCUCUCUCUCUCUGUCUCUCUCUCUCCUCACCUUGCAACCCAUUUAACUUUCUAAUUAAAGUUAUUUUCUACCAGUCAGCCACCAGCAAAGCCAGGAUAGUAUCGCUCAUGUUUUACUGUAACAGGUAAAGUGUCGUACUGCUACAGUCUUACGUAAAAAAUAUCACCCACAGAGGAUUUUAGUAAAAGCUCAGCUUCGUUAUGUGUCAAACCUCAAAUCAAACAAGUAUUUUCCACCUCUCGUAUAUCCAGGUCCAAUUCUGCUCUCAAAACAGCCAUCUGUCAGCAAGCUAAAGGGAGGGGUUUCAGAAAGGUUUUGCAUUGCUUUUUCCUGAUGCACCCAGUGUCAACGGUAACUAUCUAGGAUAGUUUGGGGUGCUAACCAACAGUGUUUGGUGGUUAAGAUUUUUAUACUACAGUUACCCUCAUAACUGGAGGAGGAGUGAAUACAAGAACCAUUUCUGACCAAGUGUCGGAGCAUGUGGAAGGAAUCUAAGCUACAGCUCUCCCUGCCAGUUCAGUGCUCACAGGGGAAGGAGCUGCAGUUUGGGUUCCUCUGCUGCCGCCUGGGACUUAGGACAUUGCCAAGGGUGCCUGGGAAAAAUCACAUUGUGACUGCUUCAGAACUGCUAAAGGCAGUGUCCAAUACUCAGAAACGUGUUGUCCCUUUUUGAAGAGGCAUCCAAGUUUGCCAGUUGUCACACUACUGAAGAGGCCUACAAGGUCUCUGGCCCUAGAACUGCAAUUUGUCAUAAUUUGGUAGAUACACAUUGAUGAACCCCCCCCCCCCAAUCUUUACUAGUAUAAAGGGACCGUAUCAACCUGGCAGACAGUGGUUUGAAUCCAGUUCCUCUUGCUAUGGGAACCUUGAGUAUAGGCUUUUGGGAAGCCUUUGUUGAAAGGAAUCUGUGUUCUUGAGCCAUUCCCAUCUGUUUCCAUUGAGCUCAUAAAUGAGCACUUCCCAGAGGAUUUUGCUACUUGUAACAGUGUCCAGGUUGGGUUUACUGGAGGGGGCUUGAGGAGGUCAUGCUUGGAGAAUGUUGGGAGCCUAGGACUGUUGAAAUGCUGCUAAAAAAAAUUCGAUACAUGAGCUUUCUUGGUACUCCAUUGUGAUCCUUUUUCAUUGGUCAUUCAUUCUAAAUUUAUAAUAAAAGAAUACAUUGCCCUAGAA